AGAUUUUGCACUCCUUUUAUUUAUUUUUUACAUAUAUAUAUAUAUACAUACAUAUAUCUCUCUUCUUUCAUUCUCAUCUUUCUUUUUUAUUCUUUAUAUCAUGGCUAAAUCAAUGAAGAAGGGGUUUUUGAACAUACUGUCCUAUACUAGAGAGUUAGUAUUGACCUGUAACUUCUUGACGGUGUUAUAUUUGAGGUCAUUCCAUAUUGUUUACUUUACGUUAACAGCAGCCACAACGGUGAUUAGUGCCAAAAUUCUCAAGCGUAUUAUCAAACAAGCCCGUCCACCUCCUCGAGUAACAGCCAAUGGUAAGAUACAAAAGCAAAAGAAGAGUUACGGUAUGCCUUCUUCCCAUUCGUCUGCCAUCUUCUUCUUGAACACGUAUCUGCAAUGUUUGUUCAAUGCAGCUUUUACGUGGCAAAAUAUCUGCAUCUUGGUCUUCUUUCAUGGGUUUGCGAUAUCUGUAGUCUGGUCUCGUGUACGCUUAGGCCAUCAUACCGAGUCACAAGUGAUUGCUGGUAGUCUCUUUGGAUUUUCAUGCGCUUUGGUCGCCUUUUAUCUUUGGAAGAACUAUUUCUCGGCAUUUGACCUUGAUGGUCAUAUUGAUGGUGUCUUUACCCAUGUCUUGCAACUUCGUACAAGAUAAAACGAAGAAAAUAUCUCAAAAAUACCCUUUUGUGUGUUUCGUAGCACACGCUUACACAUAAUAUUAGCAUAUCCCUCCUCUACUCCUAUC